AUGGCCUCCUCGGCUUCCCUGGAGACGGUCAUGCCUCCUGCCUGUGUCCGGACCGGGGCGGCCAACCCGGCCAAGACGCUGGCCUUCUCCAUCGAGCGGAUCAUGGCCAAGAGCUCGGAGCCGCCGCCGCCGCCGGCCCAGCCGCACCACGCCAAGCCCGCCGCAGCCUUCGAGGCGCGGCGCAGCGAGUCGCCCGGCAAGAAGCUGCUCAGCCUCUGCGCGCCCAUCCCGUGCGUGAUCCCCAUCCAGCCCCUGGCCGGCUACGAGGUGCCCGCCUCGAAGGCGCUGCUCAGCUACUCGGAGCUGUGGAAGAGCAGCCUGCGGAGCUGCGGCGCGUCCCUGGGCGCGGGCGGCGGCGGCUCCUCGACGGCGGGCGGCUUCUGCAAGGCCAGCUGCGGCGUGUGCUGCAAGGGGGAGCUCCACCACCAGCACCAGCACCAGCACCAGCAGCACCCGCCGCUCGGCCAGGCCGCCCUGCCCGCCACCGGCCGCGGCGUGAUCAAGCCGCAGGCCAUCAACCAGGCCCUGGCCAUGCCGGCCAACGGAUCCAGCCUCUACUAUUUCAACUACCUGGACGCCUCUUCGUACCACCCGUCGGAGCUCCUCCACGGACAGCUCUUCAGCUCCAGCCUCCUCCACUCCCCAAGCCCGGCGGCCGCCGCCGCCGCCGCCGCCGCCGCCCUCUCGGCUCACCAGAAGCUCUUCCUGCUGGAAAAUGCCAAGCUGGCCGCCCUGACCCCGCCGGAGAAGUUCCCCAACGCCCAGUAUCCGCACAAGGAGCGCCUCCCAGGGCAGCUGGACCAGGUGAUGAAGGAGAACUCGGCCCUGGCCGGCGAGAGGCACGGCGCCAAAGCCCACCACGGCAAGCUCGGCGGCGGCGGCGGCGGCGGCGGCGCCUCGGCCGACGGCAAGCCCAAGAACUUCACCUGCGAAGUGUGCGGCAAGGUGUUCAACGCCCAUUACAAUCUGACCCGACACAUGCCCGUCCACACGGGCGCCAGGCCCUUCGUCUGCAAAGUUUGCGGGAAAGGCUUCCGCCAGGCCAGCACACUGUGCAGACACAAAAUCAUCCACACGCAGGAAAAACCCCACAAGUGUAACCAAUGCGGGAAAGCGUUCAAUAGAAGUUCCACGCUCAAUACUCACAUUAGAAUCCAUGCGGGCUACAAACCUUUCGUGUGUGAAUUCUGUGGCAAAGGAUUUCAUCAAAAAGGGAAUUAUAAAAACCACAAACUGACCCACAGUGGCGAGAAGCAGUACAAGUGCACCAUCUGCAAUAAAGCUUUCCACCAGAUCUACAAUUUGACUUUCCACAUGCACACGCACAACGACAAGAAGCCUUUCACGUGCGUCACCUGCGGCAAAGGCUUCUGCAGGAACUUUGACUUAAAGAAACACGUGCGGAAACUUCACGACGCCGCUGCCGCCGCCGCCGCCGCCGCCGCGCCUUCUGCCAAGGAGCUCUCUAGGACCGUGCAAAGCUAG